UCAUGUGACACUUCCUGGAGGCUUUACUUUAACGCAUCGCUUUUGCUCUCCGUAACAACAUUUACCAGAGGCAAAACCACAGCGGGAUCAACGCCUGGUUACGGCAUGGCAGACGGGGAGAGAUCGCCUCUGCUGUCAGACAGUCGAGACGGAAUGAACGGACAGUCACCGGGAGGUGGGACGUACAGACCGCCGAUCAAACCGCAGAGUUUUCCACCAUUCCCGUCUGCACCUCCACAUCCCUCUUCAGUGUUAGGAGAGGCUCCUCCAUUAUACUCCUUGCUGGGCUCCCCAGAGAGUGGCAGUGAUCCUGUCAUCAGCUGCAGAGUGUGUCAGUCACUUAUUAGUGUGGGGGGGAAAAUCCACCAGCAUGUGGUCAAAUGUGGGGUCUGCAAUGAGGCUACACCCAUAAAGAAUGCUCCAGCAGGAAAGAAAUAUGUGCGCUGUUCCUGUAACUGUCUUCUCAUCUGCAAAGUCACCUCGCAGAGGAUCGCCUGCCCCCGACCAUACUGUAAGCGAAUUAUCAAUUUAGGUCCUGUUCAUCCUGGUGCAGUGAGCCCGAACCCUCAGCCUAGUGGUGCCAGAGUCUCCUGUGGCCACUGUGCUAACACUUUUCUGUGGACAGAGUUUACAGAUCGGACAUUGGCACGCUGUCCACACUGCAGAAAAGUCUCAUCAAUUGGCCAGAGGUACCCUAGAAAGCGGAGUUUGAUAUGUUUCCUGUUGUGUUUGAUCUUUACCACAGCAACUGUGGGAUUGAUAGAGGGUACGUGGCAGCUGGCACUUGGUAAUAAGGGGAUAUAUGCUUCCUGGGCAUUUUUCAUUCUUCUGGUGCUGAUCACUUUGCUCAGAGCUCUGCAUUGGGCCUGCAUGAAAAUCAGUGAACCCCUGCAAAACUAUUCAUAAUGUGAGAGAGACAAAAACAAGGAGUUUACAAAUGAAGUCCAAAUGAAGGAGAAAACAGAGCAAAGAUUUGAGAGAGUUAUACUCCAUAUAAAUGGGUGAAUCUCAUGAAACCUGUUAUGAAUAUCACCAGGUCAUAUUUAAUCCCAAAAUGAAAAUACAUAAAUAAGAAGUUAGGUUUUACAAUAGAAGCCUAUUUUUGCAUUUUGCAUUAUUUUCAUAUAUUUAAACACCUUUAAAGGGAUAGUUCACCCAAAAAUGAAAAUUCUCUCAUCAUGCACUCACUCUCAUGCCAUCCCAGAUGUGUAUGACUUUCUUUCUUCUGCUGAACACAAACAAAGAUUUUAGAAGUAUAUCUCAGCUCUGUUGGUCCGUACAAUGCAAGUGAAUGGUGACCAGAAAUUUGAAGAUCCAAAAAGCAACAUAAAAGUAUCCAUAUGACUCUGGUGGUUAAACCCAUAUCUUCAGAAGCGAUAUGAUAGGUGAGAAAUAAGUCCUUUUUUUUUUUUUCUUUUUCUUUUUUUUUUUUUUUUAGAACUACAAAUCUCCCCAUUUACUUUCACAUUCUUCUUCUUUCGUUUUUGGCAAUUUACAUUCUUUGUGCAUAUUGCCAACUACUGGGCAGGGAGGAGAAUUUAUAUUUAAAAAAGAACUUAAAUGCUGAUCUGUUUCUCACCUACACCUAUCAUAUUGCUUAAGAAGACAUGGAUUAAACCACUGGAGUCAUAUGAAUUACUUUUAUGCUGCCUUUAUGUGCUUUUUUGGACUUUUAAAGUUCUGGCCACGAUUCAGAGUGAUGAGAAAUUUUUCAUUUUUGGGUGAACUAUUUCUUUAAUUGAUGUAACAAAAAUGUAAAACUUUAUUGCAGUACAUUUGUGAAUGUGCUUAAUUGUCUUGAAAAUAAUGAUAAUUCUAAAUAUUUUCAUUUCCCUAUUAUUAUUAUUAUUAUUGUUGUUGUUGUUAUCAAUAAUAAUAGUAAUAUAAAAUGUCAUAUUUUUUUCUUUUAAUUUUGGAAAUGUGACAUGGACGUGAUUUUGUGAGAUUCACCCAAAUAAUUUUGUUGCACUUUCCUUUUUUCUUUGCAAUGCUCCACUCUUUAAUUCCAAACCUAACAUGUCCACAUUCCUAAUGGGAAUUCACUUUCAAAACGUUGCACACAAUUUAGAUAAGACAUGCAGCAACAAAUAGUUUAUGACUUUUAAUAGGACAUUAACUUUUAGAUUAAUUGCACAAUCAGUAACUGCUUAAAGUCAUUAAACGAUAAUUUUUUACUGUACUGUGUACAAUACUGUGAAGGCAUUUUAGAAAUAUACUGGAGCAUUUAAGUUGCACUGAGAAUUCUGUUAUGACUAAAUUGCUGACAGAACUUGACAGAUUGCUGACAGAAGUGCCUCACGUGACCGCAUGUUCUAUGAUUUAUAACCAGUAAAACAACUUAUAAGCUUCCAGUUUUUUAUGCAUGAAGAUAUUGCAACUUGCCAUUUUUUGCUUAAAUGCAGGAUAAACAGUUAAAGAAUUUUAAAAUGAACAGUAAAGCUCAAGAAAAAGGAAAUGAAAAUGCCACAUUGAAGCAUUUGGAAGGUUUAAGAGGAAAGAGGACGAACGCAGUUCUUGUUUUAACUUAAAGGUGUAGCUCAACCAAAAAUGAAAAUUGUGUAAUCAUUUACUCACCCUCAUGUUAUUCCAAACCCCAAUGACUUUCUCUCUUCCAUGAAACACCUUGAAUUCUCUCUGAUUGUGGUAGUAACUAUAUAAAGGGCCUGAAUCAAGCUGAUAGAAUAUUUUGACAAUGUGACACUUGAUGCACUUUAAUGUAAUGUAUUAUUGGAAUGUGCUCUAGUAGACUGAAUAAUAAGCAAUGAUGAAGUUAAUCAUUCCUUCAGUAUAGUUUACUGGCAUCUUAACUUUUGUGGUUCAGUGGAUUAAUUGGGUCCUCUUUAAUGUCCAUGCCGGCCCAAGCUUAGACCAAACCCUUCCUCUUUCUCCUCCUACAAUAAUCAGGAUGUCAUACUGGCAAGGGUGUAGAUUUUUCUUUAACAUUGCAGCUUGAAGCAUUUACAUGGGGGGGGGGGGAGGUUGUACUUGCUUGUUUUGAUUACUGGGGGGGAAUCUACACCCUUGCUUUAUGGCACCAAAAUAUGCUUUGCUUACUAACUACAAAAAUCUAUCUCAGAAUAUCAGACUAUAUCCAUGAUAUUAUCAGUAAUCUGGAGAUUAUCUAAUUAACCUUGUGACUUUUGUUGAUGCUGUUUUUUAGACGGGCAUUGCUGCUUGUUAUUUAGACAAUUUGUGGUUGUAUAAUUAUAUAGCUGCAUUAAAAUCUUUUCCGACUGAAUAGUAUAGGUAGAGAUUACAGUAAAAUUUAAUACAAGUUUAACAAUUAAAAAAACAUCUGCUAUGUAAAGAGUUAAUUUAUAUUUUCUAUCCUUUGCAAAAACUGCACAUAAAAACCUUAAUAUACUAUCAAAUGUAAAUAUUCAUUGGCAUACCGUCAAAGAGAAUUAAUUUGAUUAACUUAUAAUUAUGUGAUCAGAUGUAAAUGUAACCAGUGACCAAUCUUUUAGGCUCAGUCCAGUUUAAACUAUGCUCUUCAUGUUCAAUACUGAUAUACAAACACUGAAUCCUGUACGUAUUCUAUGAAAAGCACAGGUUACCAGUGAGUUUUUAGUUUUACAGAGUUUAUGAUUUGUUUACAUGUGCAACUGUGCUGUGCAUUUACUCAUUUAAUUUACACUCUUUUGUUGAAAAUGUAUUAUAUGUUGUUAAAUGUAUUAUAUGCACUAACUUUUUUGCUAUACAUAGCUACCUGAUCCUACCCAUGUCAUAGUUGAUUUUGUUGUUGAUUGUUUUUGUACAUUUUUUUGUGAUUAAAAUGUUUUAACAAACUCAUAAAUAUGUGAAUAUGUGAUCCCCAAGGUUCAUUCAAAAAUACAAGAUCUAAUAAACAACAACAGUGAUCUACAGACUAGUUUUAAUGAUCAGACAAAGACUAAUUAUGAAUGGCCUACAAAUAA